CCGAAGGCGGUGGAUCAAACGUAUGUAUUAUAGCGUUUAGUAGCUAUGUCUUAAAACCCUAUAGGCCUACAAUAAAUGAUUUACAUGUAACUAGCGUAUCAUAAUAAAUGACAUAUUUGAAAUUGCAAACUACAUAUUUUGUGGAAUCACGACCUGAACAUCGAAGAUGACUCUGCAGUGGACAGUAGUAGCAACCUUCCUAUACAUUGAAAUAGGUCUUCUUCUGAUUCUAUGUUUGCCAUUCAUAUCUGCACAGAGAUGGCAGAAGAUUUUCAAAUUUAGAAUAUGGGCUCGAGUUGUCCCUUAUUGGAACAGAGGCUUCCUCACAAUGAUUGUUGUUCUGAUUGUACUCUUUCUUGAUGCUGUUCGAGAAGUGAGAAAGUACUCGGGUACAGACGCCAACAAAGAUGCCAAGCUUCACGCAAAUAUGUUUGAUCACCUCUACAUGAAGCUAUUCAGAUCUCAGAGGAACCUUUACAUUUCAGGAUUCUCCCUUUUCCUGUGGUUCAUCCUAAGACGUGUAGUGACCGUCAUUACACAACUUACCACUGCACAGGGAGUAAGUGACGCCUUACAGACUCAGGCAGAAAAUACAAAUGAGGCUGCUAGCAAAUACAUGGAAGACAAUGAACGAUUAAAAUCGCAGUCCACUCUGACAAAGUCAAAGAAUGAAGUAGAGGCAGUAAAAAAGCAAUCGGAUGGCUUGGCUAGAGAAUACGAUCGACUCCUACAGGAACAUGAAAAGAUUCAGAAUCUUGCUGAAGUAAAUAAUGACAAGAAGGACCACUAAAGCCUGAAGAUUUGACUUUAUAUGAAUGUAUAACUUGUUACUUAUUUGUUUGCUUUACAUUUGACACAAAAUUGGACAAAACACAAACCAAAUAACUAAAGGGUGAUUUCUGCUUUUGCUUUUUAUAUACAUUGCUAUGGUCUACGCAGUGCUUGAGUGUGUGCAUAAAAGUUUUCAAGGUUUACAAGCGUAAAGUGAUAUUGAAAACAGAGAUAGUGCCGACUUUGUGAGGAAACUUCAAAUUUAAAUUUUAUUUUUUGGACAAUACAUGAAGUUUGUUUUACAGUACAUUUGUGCUCUUCAGAUAUUAGGAACCACAUUAGAUAUUUCUUUUUAAUUUAUUAUUUUCAGUGGAUUUUCUUUUUUGUUUUACCUUAAAUUUUUUUAAGUAUGUUGGUACGCCACUUAAUUGUAAAGAACACAAAUUCACUUUUUGUUAUGUUUUGCUACACCAUAAAGAUAAUUAUGUUUAAAAUACACUGUGAAUUAGUUGGAAUAUAGUUUAUAAAGUAAACAUUUCUGAGAGGAUCAAAUCACCUUCAAAGAAACUGUCAAACAGUUUGUGUUCAACCUAACUGUCUUUUCUAUUUACUAAUACGAUUGAUAGUAAAAUAAUAAGAUUGAUACACCAACUAUAAUGUUAUUAAAUGUUUGUAAUACAUACUCAUAUUGUGUAAGGUGUGCUUCUCCUAGUCCUGUAAAUACAGUACAUGUCUUGUCAUACUGUAUACAUUAUGUGAAGGACUUGCAUAUGGUAAUCAAUAUUAAUCUUUUUUUAAAUGACUAAGGCUGUAUGUCCUGUAUUUACAGUAGUUGUCAUCAACAUUUAAUGCAAUAUUUGAAAAUGAAUAGUUUUAAUUUAAUGCUUUAACAGUGCUGUGUUACAUUUAUGCUGAUAUUUACUGUACAAUAGUCCCUAAGCAAGAUUCAUAAACAAGAUUUCUGUUUCCAAGAAAUUAGCAGACCAAGUAGUAAGUCAAAACUGCUGUUCCUUAUUUGUGAAAUAGGCAAGUGUUUUGCCUAAUGUGUAAAAUAGGUAGCAUGUACUGCUAAUUUUGCAUAAUAGGCAGAACAAUUAUCUAUUUUACAUAAUAGCAAACCUAGUCCUGACAGUUUUUUAGUGUCAGUCAGUCCAGGUAUUGUACAAACUAUCUAUCUGGAUCUGAAUGUGAAACACGAUAACCCAAAACCAAGGUUCAAAAACUGGUUAGUCACAUGCUCAGCUGAAUCCACCAUUAUCCUGUUUUCACUUAUAGUCAGUAAAAAACAGGGCAGGGUGAAGGACAAAUGGGUUAAUUUUCCACCAUUUAAUUAUGUAAUUGCACAAUUUCUGCAGGUGUAAAAUAGGAAUUUGUGUAACAUGGAACAAUCACAAUAUUAUUUUAUUCUGUGUAUAUAUACAGUUGUAGAAAAAAGUAUUAGUGCAAAUGUUUUGGUUGCAUGACCUUCCUCAGUGCUAGUGAAUGAAUGAAUUGAGAUCUUAAAUACACCUGAUAUUUAAGAUCUUAAUUUAAUUCAAGACAAAUAUAAGUCAGGUGUUCAAUAGAAGACAAAACAUAUACAAGGACCAAUUCAUACAUUCAUAGGUAUUGGAGGGAAUAUGUUACUAAAUACUAUGAUAGAAAUUUAAUUAUAGGACAAGUUACAGAAAAACAUCAGGGAUAACAAUAGCAGAAAUCAGUUAAUUCAUCAUAUUGAUUAUUGGAUUUCAAAAUCUAUUAAUUAGACCAUUACAAUUCAUAUAAAUCUACUGAAGCCAUAAUAAUAAUAAUAAUAAUAAUAAUAAAUAAUUAUAAAUAACAUGAUAAUCCAAGUUCUUCAUUAAUACCUUCUGGCUACUAUCUUGAGGUAGAAGAUCCAUUUUGCUUCACGUUGAAAUAAUCUUUGUGUACUACAAAAUUUAGUCUGAGGUAGAAUGAUUUACCUCUGCAAAAUGUCUUUCCUACAGAUGGCACUUUUAUGUUCGUUAAUGUGCACCCGUAGUUGUCUUUUGGUUUUACCCACAUAUUUUAAGUUGCAAGGGCAAGAAAUUAAAUAAACUACAUGUAAUGA